AAAUUUGAAUGGAAAAUAAUGAAUAAGAGGAAUAUAUUUAGUUAAAGAAAAACGUAUUAGAAUUGUACCUAUGUCUUAGUAUGCUUUGAGAGAGAAUGAAUGGAAGAAGGACAAGGCUUUGUAUGAAUAAAAAAUACAAUUGUUGGAAAUGCAAUUGGAGGAUUAUAAAACAAGAGAAAUGAAUUAAAAGAAACUGAAUGAUACCAUAACUUAGGCAAUAGAUAUUUCAGGAAAAUCAUAAGUAUCAUUCAAAAUCUAUUUUAUAAAGCAAAAAAGUUAUACAGAAUUUCAAAAAUCUAUUGAAGUCUAGAUGGCCAAUAACAAAAAGCAUUAAGAAAGCAUAACGAAACUGGAAGAAAAAGUAUGAUAAAAUCAUAAGUUUUAGCUUAGAUGUCUGAAUGAGUAAUUGAACGAAAAAGAAAUUUAAAUUAAGGAUCUUGAACUUUAGUAGCAGAAAUAAUAAAUUACAUAUGAUCACAAGAUUUAGAGUUUGGAAUCAGAGAAAUAGUAUUUAAACUAAGAAAUUACGAAAUUCAAGGAUUAGAUGUAAAAAAUAGAGGAAAAUUUUAAAUCAAAAGAGCAAGUAUUCAAAUUAUAAUGCGAAUAAGAAAUUCAAAAAAUCAAGGAUAAUUUUUUUAAGGAUAUGCAAGAAAAACAAUCAGAUUAUGAUUAACGAUAUCAAUAAUUAGCACAAUUAUACGAAAAAGAAAAAGACUAAUUACAAUAAAGAUUGAUAAGAAGUCAAAACACAAUUAAAAAAUAUUAAACUCAUAUUGAAUCUAAUCAAGAAGUUCAACAAUUACAAUAGAAGUACGAUGAACAAAUCGCAGCUUUAAAAUAAGAGAUGCAUGAACAAUAAGUUCAAUUUCAAUAUGAAAAAAAAAUGCUCAAUAAAUAAAUUGAUGAUCAGAGAAUGUAAUUUUGUAUUUAAUAUAUAUUCUAGAAACACUAACAAUUACGAUAGCACUUCCAAGAAAAAGAGUGUAGAUAUGAUGAAAAUUAGGAAUUCUGUAGUUUCUCAAGACAGUCCAGUUUAGUGUAAAAGUUUCCAUAUCUCAUAACCUGAUUUUAAGUAGGUGUUCUAACAACCAAAGAAUUCAAUAACAUCCAUUUAAAAAUAAUCACUUCAGCCUCAAAAAAACAAUCAAUCAUUUGAAAAGGUUAAGGCUAAUAAUCAUGACACUCUUCCUAUGCCCAUUGAAGAUUUUAACCUAAUGAUGAGCAAAAAAGCAAAAUCAUAAUCAACCAACUCUCUCCCUUUGAAUAAUUUAAAUCUUAACUCAUAUCUUUAAGAUGCAAGCAUUAUGAAGGAAGAAGCAGAAGCUGGAGAUGAAUACAUUAGAUUUAAGUUAUCUAAUCAACAGACUACAAGAUUUAAUAAUGACGUUGAUCAACGAAGAUCAUAUUCACAAUAAGGGACUAAAGCUCAUAGUAUUAGUUCGACUACAAACUUAAGUAAAAUGUUAGGAUAGACAGAUUAAAGUUAUUAAAAUUAAAAUACUUCGAUAUCUACUUAGUAAAAAACUCAUAACACUUCAUUUUCGCAUUUUAAGGUUCCGUCUUUUACUUAAGGUCAAUUAAACAAUCUUAAAUAUAGUUUAUAUUAGCAACAACCUUAAACUACUUUGAGAAUGAAUGAUAAUCAUAUUAAUCACAUCUAAUAAAUUAAGGCGAGAUACAUAAAUUAGGAUGAAUCUACUUAGAAUGACUCUAAUUCUUUCAAAUAUGUAAAUAUAAUUGGUAUUAAGAGAAUAAAGAGAAUCAGUAGCCAUCGAAAAGUGUACAUAUAAAUAACGAAAUCAAGUUUUUGAUUGGCAAACUGCUUCAAGCAAAAGGGAAAUUGACGACGGAGUUGGAAAACACAUAGAAAUCUUGUAGAUAUAAGACUUGAAUGUUAUUAAUUAUAUUGUUUUAGAGCAUCUAUUCAUCUAAUCUCAAAAUUACAUAUAAUUUUAAUAAUUAACAUAACUAUAAUAUUAAUGCCGGAAGGAAUUUACGUUUCUAUUAUGUUACCAGCCUUUUAGGUUAGACAUGAAAAUCAGAUUGUAUGAUAUUUAAUAAAGCAUUAAGGAUAAACUCUUAAAAUAAACUUUGUGCAUAUCAUCUCAUACUUAUGAAUUAUUUGAAAUUCCAUCAAAAAUAGGCAAGGAGUUUUGUGUUAGAUUAAUCUAAAAUUGUAAGAUUAAUUGGAUCAUCUUAAGCUUUUAAUUUGCAAGACUUAGAAAAGUUAAUGGAAGAUAAUCGUUCACUUUAAGCAUCAUAUUAAAAAUGUAAAGAAUCUUUAUAGGCACUUAAUUGUGAACUGGAGAAAAUCAUGAAUGACCCUCAAGCGUUAUCAGAGACUGACAAACUUAAACACCAAAAGCUAACCACAAAAUACAAAUAAGUCAAUGAUGAAAACAAAAGACUCAGAUAACAUUUAAAGUACGCUUCUAUGUGAAUUAGAUAACUGAAUGAAGACUUUUGCAAGCAAAGAGUUGAAACUUAAACCACAUUUGAUUAGCUUCGAGAAGAAAUAGAUCUAUUAGUAAAGGUAUGAAACUUUUCUUAAUUAAAAGGAACUGGCUCCAUUUUAAUAACAGAAGAAGCAAAAUGAUAUUUUAAUAUCUAAUUGAUUCAUAUAAAAAAUAUUCUUUAG